AUGGAGGAGCCUGCUGGAAGAGACUCACGCAUGCUAGGAGGCAUCACCAAAAAUCUGAUAGCUCAAAGUCUGCUACAAGCGAGCCAGGCAGGAGAAGUACCAUAUGAAGGUAUUGAAAAGGCAGCAAAAGAGUUUGGAGUAAGUCGGAGGACAGUCCACAUAAUAUGGGCAGAAGCCCAACUCCAACUUCAGAGUGGAGUACCUGUCAAUAUAAGAGACAGAGUUAGAGGCUACGAGCACAAAGACAAAUUCCAGCUUGAUGUUGCCAAGGUAAGAGAACUUUCAGUCCUUGAAAGAUCUAACACGCGCAAGCUUGCUGCAAAACUUGAUGUAAGCAAGACCACAGUUGGUAGGUUUGUGAAAGAACAACAUCUUAGGCUACACACAAAUGCUCUAAAGCCCUUACUUUCUGGCUCAAACAAAUUAGCAAGAAUGAGAUGGGGUCUCAGCCAUGUUCCACCACUCAUAGUCAAUGGUAAGCUAAAAUAUCACACAAUGCACAAUGUAGUGCACAUAGAUGAAAAGUGGUUUUACAUGACUAAGACUUCAGAUAGAUACUACCUUCUGCCAGAUGAGAAUGAGCCAUAUAGAGCAUACCACAUUUUGCAGAAGAUGGACAAGUACUUUUUGAUGGAAAAUAGGCAUUUUCCCAUUCACAACUAUGGAGCCAGCAAAGAGAAAAUCCAAGAACAGACCAAGAGGGACUAUGGAGACAAAGCCCAUUCAAUAAGUGAACAAGGCAGUGAUGAGAGACUGCCUAAUUCAAAAGAUUUUCUGGUUGUUGCUUUCACAGAUGGGUUCAAGUUCCAUAUCAGGUGCCAACCACCACAAUCCCCAUAUUGUAAUGUGUUGGAUUUGGGAUAUUUCAGAGCAAUCCAAUAUCUACAUGAUGAUAAAGUGGCUAAGGGAGUGGAUGACUUGUUGAGGAAUGUGCAUAGCUCUUUUGAUGAACUUAGUGCACACACACUCCACAAUGUUUUCUUUACUCUUCAAUGUUGUCUAACUGAGAUACUUAAGGUGGAAGGGGGAAAUGACUACAAAACCUCACACAUGAAUAAAGAGAGGUUAACAAGGAUAGGGACAUUGCCAUAG